AUGUGUGUUUCUUCGCAGAAGUGCAACGACAGUUCCAACUCUCAAUCAGAGAAGAGUGGAAGCCCAUCAGAGGGGAACCAGCAAAAGUUGGAAGGAUCUCAAGGCCAAUCAUCAGAAAACCAACACCAUUCAGAGACAUCUCCAGGCCAGUUGCAGAGUUCUCCUGAUCAAUCAGAGAAUUCUCUUGACCAAUCUGAGGCAUCUCGUGACCAGUCAGAGAGAUCUUGGGCCCAAACAGAAAGAUCUCGUGGCCAAUUAAAGAGAGAUCAUGACCAGCCUGAGAGAUCUCAUAACAAGAUAAGAAGAUCUCAUGGCUACCCACGAAGAUCUCAUAGCCAAUUAGAGAGAUCUCGUGGCCCCACUGAGAGAUUUCAUGGUCACUCAGAGAGAUCUCGUGAUCAUUCAAAGAGAUCUCAUGUCCCAUCAUGGAGAUCUCCAGUUCCAUCAGGGAGAUAUCAUUUCCGAUCAGGGAGAUCUCCUUUCCUGUCAAGGAGAUCUCAUUUCUCAUCAGAGAGAUCUCCCAUCCCAUCAGGGAGAUAUCAUUUCCCAUCAGGGAGAUCUCCUAUCCUGUCAAGGAGAUCUCAUUUCUCAUCUGAGAGAUCUCCUGUCCCAUCAGGGAGAUAUCAUUACUCGUCAAGGAGAUCUCCUGUCCCAUCAGGGAGAUCUCACUACUCAUCAGGAAGAUCUCCUGUCCCAUCAGGGAGAUCUCACUACUCAUCAGGAAGAUCUGCUGUCCCAUCAGAGAGAUCUCAUCUCCCAUCAGGGAGUUAUUAUAGCCAAUCAGAGAGUUAUUAUGGCCAAUCAGAGAGAUCUCAUCUCCCAUCAGGGAGUUAUUAUAGCCAAUCAGAGAGUUAUUAUGGCCAAUCAGAGAGAUCUUAUCUCCCAUCAGGGAGUUAUUAUGGCCCAUCAGAGAGACCUUAUCUCCCAUCAGGGAGUUAUUAUGGCCAAUCAGAGAGAUAUCAUCUCCCAUCAGGGAGUUACUAUGGCCAAUCAGGAAGAUAUCGAAGAUGCUCACCUGUAGAAAGAUUCAAAACAUCACCCAAAUUUGAGUCUGAAUUUGACAGGAUUCUAACUAAGAAAAGGAGUGAACACUCCCAGAAACAGAAGUGGCGAAGAUAUGAUCAAAUGAACAGGAACCGAAGGAUGUCAACAGGAACUGGCGGCAGAUUCCGCAAAGGUGAUCAAAGACGUAAGAGAUACGCACGACGUGGUGCUAAAGCUUUACUCCUAAGAAAUAAAAAUGCUCCAACCAAGCAUUCUCCACAGCAGCCCAAAGAAGUCGAUGUGAAACUCAAGUUUGAAGCAACUGGUCAUCAGACUAAGCUUUCACUAAAUGAAAGAUUCUCUAAGCUGGCAAUGAAGAAAAUAGAGAAUCCGUUGUCAAAUCCUGAAGACCAAGAACUCUCUUAAAAGUUUGCUGUUAACAGAGAUACUGUAGUGAGUUUAUGCUAGAGGAAAUGCUUUCGGUAUUUAACUUUUUGCUGCUCUUGUUAAUUUAUCUUUUCUUAAGUAUGGUUUGAUGUGAAUAACCUGUCAAAAGUGUUUACAUAAGAGAAAAAAGUUUGCUUUGUUUGCAUAAAAGAACGGAGAAAUGAGUAAGAAGUAGGAAAGGUGAUUUAGUAUGACAGAUGUUAGGAAGACGGCUAGGUCUUCAGAAUGACAGGUCCUUUCAAUAGCAGAGAUUUUAUUUCUUUUCUUUUUUACUUUUCUCUUUGAUUUUAUUUUUGUUCUUUGAGCUCAAGAAUCCACGUGUGAAUUUUAGAUAGAUUGUGUUUGAACAGUAGAGCAAGAUUAUUGAUAAGUAUCUUUGAGGAUGAAAUAUCCUUUACUUUAAAAGUUAGUAAGGUUGAAUUCUAGUCUUCAUUAAAAGCAUAAAUUUGUAUCCAAACCUUUUUGUUUUGCCUUUGCUUUUGAUAUCAACUUAUAAGAAUUUCAAACUGUUCUACUGUCAUUUUCUGUGAAUGCAUUAAAUUAAUAAAAUUUCAAUAUAAAUGUGG